GAGUGUGGCAAAACGGCAAAGUGUUAUGAGAUACGCUGUAAGAUUGGUAUAUUGGAUGCAGGUCAGUCAGUGAGAAUACAGAUGCAGUCCAGGCUCUGGGAGAGUACAUUGCUGGAAGAUUUUACAGGAGUAGACGAAGUGCAUAUAAAGUCAACAGGAAAAAUUCAUAUUCGUCCAGAACUUAAUGUUGUACAGAGCAAAACAAACAAUGAUAAAGACCAGGCCACAACUAUAGCCAUUCCAAGUUUGCUAAUCGUGAAAGAGAAGCCCCUGGCAUGGUGGAUAUAUGCUCUAGCUGUGCUUGGGGGAAUAUUUGUCCUCAUUUUACUUGCCUUAUGUUUGUGGAAGUGUGGAUUCUUUAAGAGAAGAAGAUACGAGGAAGUGUCAUCAUAUAGUGUGAAAGUAGAAAAGAAGAAAAACAUAAAUAAUCCAACAUAUAGCACUAAAGUUGAGACCAAGAAAGAAUAUUUAGAUGAAAAUGAAUAUUUCCUGAAGCACUGAAACUAAGCUUGUUGCUAGGAUACAGACAUUUAUCAUGCAUUCCAAAAACUGUGACUGGGAAUCAUAAAGAUCUACCCAACCUUUGUUAAAUUCAUGAAUUUGAAGCUUGGAAUUGUCCAUUGAUAUAUCAAUAUGUGACACAAAUUCUGAUUGGUGAACGUGAGUGCCAGUGUUUGUGUGCCAAGUUCUGAUUGGUCAUGGGGUCAAUCAUGAUUUUAAAAUUAGAUUUGACUAAAACUCUCAUCUAGCUACCUUAUUUGGAAUUGGAUUGAUCUUUAGCUAUAUUAGUCCAUUCGUGACCUCAGUUCAUAUUUGUCCAUGGAUCUGUCCAGUAUAUGACAAUAAUUUGGAUUGGUUGUGUGUGAUACUGUGUUAACUUGCUGACUGAGAAAAAAUAGAAAGCUGGAACCAAAGUUGUUAUACAAUUGUACUGCUGUCUGAAAUGUGAUGUUAUGUGUUGUUAAACAGCUGCGUUACUGUUCUGUUUUAAAACGUGGGUGCGAUUAAGAUUUGCUCCAGUUUAUUUGAGCCGCACCAUGAGAAAACCCAACGUAGUGCAUUUGCGACUAGCAUGGAUCCAAACCAGCCUGCACAUCUGCGCAGUCUGGUCAGGAUCCAUGCUGUUCGCUGACGUUUCUCUAAUUGCAAUAGGUUUCGAAAGUGAACAACAUGGAUACUGCGCAGGCUGGUCCAGAUCCAUGCUGGUCCCAAAUGCACUAUGUUGGUUUUCUCAUAGUGCGGCUCAUUUACACAUUUACAUCGGAAUAUCUUUUGUUAAAGUCCUCAGUAUUCAGUGGAAUAUUCCAGAUGAGCUCUUACUCAAUGACUUUUGUCUGGUUAUUAAUAUUUGGAUCUCCUCGAGGAUACUUUUUUUUUUUUAAGAAAAAAAAAAACAUGGAGAGACUGCUUUUUUUAGAGUGUUCAUGUUGAGCAAACAUGGUCCUAAUUUGUUUCUUAAUCAUUUGUCGGUAUAGAUUAUGAGUUUUUUUAGGAACAAAAUUUACAAAGGUGUUGACAUACUUAGAACUAAAAUCAUUUCUGUUAUCUGUGAGAAAACGUUUGUGAAAUUUAGUACAGUUUUAUAUGUAAUUUGAAGAGUGCAUGUACACUAUAUUCUUGUUGCCAUUUUGUUUGCUGUAAGGUUUUUUAUUCUUUAUUUUUGUCUUGAUCAUAGAUGGUCAGUAGAAUAAUUAUAAGGAGAGUUCCCCCACCUCUGUAUCCUGUGUCAGUUCACAACUAUACUUGUAGUGAUAUUGAAUCUCGCCUCUCUGAAAUAUUGUGUACUUAUAUAUGAAUAUUAUUAAAUUCAGAGUUAAUUGCUUAAAAGAAUCUGUGGUCCUAAAAAUACAGAAAUAUUUCUCUUCCAGUAAUAUCAUAUUUUAUCAGGAAAAAUUAAGAGCACCUUUUAGCUUGUCGGUGCUCUUUAAGCUAGUAGCAUAUUUAGUGAAUUGCAAUAUGAGAUUCAAGUAAAUUUUUGAUCUCAUGCAGCCAUGACUUUCAAGUUUUAGUCAUAGAGGAAAGAUUACCAGUAAAUUGAUUGAUAGAAGAUGGCUGAAAACCUUUCUUUUUAGAUUAGUCCUGAAUUGUUAUAAUUUGCCAAAAUAGUUCAUUAUUUUGGUUUGGUUAUGGCUGCAUUCAGUGUUAGUUUGGAUUUUUUUAUCAAUAAAGAGAUUUAAUUUGAUUCUGGGCAUUCUACUAUUCUGUGUAUUUAGACUUUCUUUUAAAAAAAUGCACAGCUUAGUAUAGGACAAGUUGCAUUAUGCAGAUUGAGUUACAGUUAUAAUACUAUAGAGGUUUGAUACUAAAUUAUACCAUGCAGACUGUGUUACAAUUUUGUAAUGGACUAUUUUACAGUUUAUGACAUAUAGACUAUGUUUUGGUUAAUUUGUAGACUGUGCAACAGUUUAGUAAUUAAACUGUGUUAAGGUAAAGUGUAGAUCAGAUACAAGCAUAAUAGUGUGCCUUAUAUGCGUAGUCAAAAGAAUUACACGUGUAACUAGUCAUAUACAGCUUGCUUUUGUUUACCUUUGUACAAAAUAUUCUGUUUAUACACAUGCUGCCUUUUGUUGUUACAUAUGCAAAUGCAACUAUUUGCUCAUAGAUUUCAAAUGUCAUUGGUCCUCUACCAUAGAUUCAUGUUAAGAAGUUCCAAGUUGCUUGUAGAGAACCAGUUGUUACCAGUACAGAAUCCAGGGACACUGGUUAGGUUAAUUGACAAUAAUUACAUAACUGAAAUAUUAUUGAAAAAUGGUGUUAAACCAUUUAAACAUAAUUAGUUCAACAGCAAUGCUUGACAGUGUCCUGAUUUUAUAACAUAGAAAUUCAGGCUGUAAGGUUAUAUUUGUAGGCUCAACUGAGACUUUAACCCUGUAAUUGGUUGAAUUCAGAUUUGUGCUUAAAAAAAUAGACAACUAACCAAAUCCUGAGCUUUGAGAUUGGUCUAUAAGUUUAGACAAAGAAAUCUAUUAUCUUUCAAAAUCUUUUCAACAGAACAUGAACAAAUUAAACUGUAGAUAUGGAGUAUCUUGUACAGACUAUUUGAUAGAAUUUUAGUUACUUAUUCUAGAGCUGAAUAUAUAAUUUUAGGUUGAAGGUACAGAAAAAGGUUCUUUAAUGUUACUAACAUUGAGUUGCAUGUUUUAUUUUCAUUACAAAAGUUCAGUUAAUGUUGUUGAUUAUCCUGUGUAUGUCAUGUUAUAUUUGCUUACAGUUUUGUACAUAUAUGUAUACAAUAUUCAUCAGUGUCUAUGCCAUAAACAUUCCGUAACCAUUACUACAUGUCUAAAGUUGAGAAUGACAUCCUGUGUCCAUUUUUACAUCAGUUUGCCUCCUUCAUAGAUUAAGUUAACUCAUUUUCUGAUCAUCAGUAAGUUGAGAGACAUUUUUAUUGUAAUGUUUGGACAUUUUUAUUGAAAUAGGUUGUUUUUUAAUUGGAUCCUCAUAUUUAAAAUGUCAUAAUUUUGAAGAAGUUGCUCAAAGAUUUUUACUUAAAAUUUAGAAGAGAUACCAGCUGUCAAAGUGUACUGCUCUUCACAGAGUCAGUUACAGAAAGAUGGUUAUUGGGUAAUCUGAUGUCAUCGCUGCUUCCCCCACUUUAGAUUAAGGUGUAUUUGUAAAUUCUCUACUAUACAUAAGGUAUUUUUGAAUAUCUGUGAGAGCUGUGCUGUGUUUUUGAUGAAAGGCCAUUCCAAAUUUGAUCUGUGUUUUUUGGAGACCUACCUUGCAGACAAGAAAAAAGUACCGAUUAAAACAUAAUUUGUAUUUGUAGCUACAAUAUCUUUGUUGAUACAAAAAAAAAACUGUGUCUAACAAGAAAUGAAAUGUAAUAUAUUAAUUUACUGAGUAUCACAAUGUAGCAUUCAUAGUGGAAGAAAAACUUUAAACUGAGGUAAUAUUUUGUAAAUGAAUUAAAUUGGUCAUUAUUGUUAUGUUUUGUAUGUCACUGUUGGCAGUUUUUAACAUUAUUAGAUUUCUUAUUUGAUCAGAUAGGCCAAAUUCUGCCUUCACGUUGGCACUAUCAAAUUUGGUAUGGUCUAACUAUACCAGUGCUUAUAUUAAACAUUCCAGAACUUGUAUUUACAGCAUUUGUGUCUUGAUUCAGUCUUGACAAGCUCUGUGUAGGUGGAUUAGUUUUAAGCUGAGCAUCUGUAACUAAAAGUGUCAGAUUUGUAAUUUAGGUCUUACCUGCAUGCUUUGAUAACUUGCCAACAAUGAUGCCCUAUUGUUUCCUCAGUAUACCUGCAGAUAGAACAUAUAUAGGGGCUAUAUUGAAUUGACACACCAAUCUUUGUCAGUUAACCUGCCUGUCUGUCCAUCACAUCUAAAUAAUUAUCUUCUUAACUACUGGGGAGAUUUUCAUAAAACCAGCAUCAUUUGUUAAUCUCAACUAGAGGAUGUGCAACCACACAAAUCACUAGUUCAAAGGUUAAGUGUCACACUUGAAGGUCAGAUGUCAAGUAACUUUAUUUCUUGUUCACCUCAUAUUGUUUAAGUUGCUUUGAAGAUUUUCAUAAAACUAAAAUUAAUUUUUCAUGUCACCAAGAUAGUGUACAGGGUGCACAACCUAGGCUACUAGGUCCAAGGUCUGGGUCACAUUUAGAGGUCAAAGAUCAAAUAGCGUGAAUUUGUUUCCACUCCAUAUCUUCUUAACCACUGGGAAGAUUUUCUUAAAUAAGCGUCAGUUGUUAACCUCAUCCAGAUGACAUUCAGAGGGCAUACCUCAGAUAAAAAGGUCCAAGGUCAAGGCCACACUUAGAGGUUAAUGAUUAGAUAGCUUAAAUUUGUGUUCAGUACAUCUCUUUAACCACUUUAAUGAUUUUCAUAAACCAGCAUCAAUUGCUAACCAGGAUGAUAUGCAGAGUGUACAGCAUAUAGCACUAGUUGACACUUGAAGGUCAAAAGUCAUGACCAUGUGCUUUCCCUGUAUCAAAGCAGCAUCUAUUGAUAGCUUUUAGGGAUAGCUCUAGUUUGAGACUACAACAGGAUAGCUCCAGUUUGAGACUACAACAGGAUAGCUCUAGUUUGAGACUAUGACACUACUCUGUAUGACCUGAUGUCAUCAACAGAAGCAGAAUAAGUACCACAACUAAACAUUUAUAUGAAAAAUUUGCCACUAGUUAACAUGUGUACUCAUUGUGAUUGGCCUGAAAGUCCAUAUUUUAAAAUAUUUAUCAAACACCAAUUUCAUAUUUUCUUUGUAAAUUUUCAUCAGUGCCAUUGUUUAAUGUCAAAUUCAUGACAGAUGUAUAAGCUAAAUAAGGUAAGGUAAUAUAACUAUAUAGAUAGCUGCAUUUCUUGUUGAAUUUGACCUUGUAUUGUUCAUUAGCAACUUCAUUUUGAUCUUCAGUUCUGUAAAUCAUCCAUCCACUGUAUUAGUGUUUAAAACACCUAUUGGAAACAGUGUCUGAUAAAAACUAGUUUAGAUAAGUAAAUAUCUGGUCUUAAAUGGAAAUAUACAGUACUAUAUUCUCUAUAUUUGACAAAUAAAUGUUCAUCUCUUACUCAAAAUAUAACAGAGUAACCCAUAUUUACUAAAUAUGAAAAAAAGGUAAUUAAUUCUGUAGUUGGAAAUUAAUCAUAUUAACAUAUUUUUAUACGUAAUUUUUAAAAUUUUACAUCAAAAUAAAUUUGCUAAUAUUGUACCCAUUUAGAUUUAUGUAUCCUUACUCUACAAGUAAGGCAAUUAACUUUUUUUAAUAUAUCUAUUUUUACAUUUUUUGAAUAGGUAAAACAUUAAGAAUUUCCUAGAACCUUGUACCUUAAAGCAUUAUCCUGCGCCAAAAUGGCAGUGUUACUAGAUUUCACGUAAAUAAAAAGGGUAAAAUAAAGAGUUUGUUGUAGAACAGUAUAUGAGCCGCGCCAUGAGAAAACCAAUGUAGUGGCUUUGCGACCAGCAUGGAUCCAGACCAGCCUGCGCAUCCGCGCAGUCUGGUCAGGAUCCAUGCUGUUCGCUUUCAGUGCCUAUUGGAAUUAAAGAAACUGUUAGCGAACAGCAUGGAUCCUGACCAGACUGUGCAGAUGGGCAGGCUGGUCUGGAGCCAUGCUGGUCGCAAAGUCACUAUGUUGGUUUUCUCAUGGCAUGGUUCAUAUAUUUUAUCUCUGUUUUGAUACUGCAUGUUUUUGUGAUGUAUAUUUUGCUUCGUUUGGUUAAGAUCCAGAAUAGAGAGUUGUGUUUGUCUGGUACUAUUUUCUAAAGGUGAUUAUUAACUCUGUACCAUUUUAUUAUUCAUUACAAAAAGAUGCUGUUAGCUUUCUUUUAUUUCUUGUUUACACACAUUUUGGUCACUUGUUCAAGAGUCAGUAGAAUAAUUUUAAACGUACAUAAUGUAGUGAAAAUUCUGGUUGUUUUUCUUAAUUUAAAUGAGUUUGGCAUUGUUAAAGACAGAUAAUUCAAACAGAUUUUAUAUACCAGUGCGAUUACAGUAAUGCCCCCUGUCACAACAAAUGUUCAUGACUAUAUGAGAAAAACCCGAGUCUUCCUCUUACAAUUUUCUGACUCCCAUAUUCUUUGUUGUGUGGAAAGAAAGAAAAUAGCAUUGUUCACAUUUUAUAAGGUCAUGUGCAUUCAUGUUGAUAGUCCUUUUUGUAUAUUUUAUUUGUACUGUAUAAAGUUGUAAAUGUAAUUGUAUAUUGUGUAUAUUGUUUUCGUAUAUUUUUAUGUCUUAUUUUAUUCAGGUGCUUUUUGCAAGGCCCUGCUUUUUGAAGAGAUACGCAGUCUCCACAUUGUACAUAGCUUAUACCCUGCUUCGAGAAACUUUAACUCUAGAUUACCACAAGGCUUAACUGCUUGUUACAGAUUUACAGUGUUGAUGUAUAAGUACUCCUUUUGAAGUGUUCAUAUUUUGUUGCUUCAGAAUAAAACAAUUGUAACUUUAUAUUGAUAAAGGAACAGACGCAUCAGUUCUUUAAUGAGGUGACCAAAAUCCACAAGCUCACUGCGAUGUCACUUUUAGACAUUGUUAUGAUUGAAAAAAAAGGGCUUUAAAGCUUGUAACAAUUUAUUUAAGAUGCAUUUUAGUAUUUAUAAAUGAAAUCAUGACUUAAAAGUAUCCAUAACAAUAUUCAAUUCUUUCGAUUGUUGAUUUUAUCAUACUAGAACAUACACAUAUUUUCAGUCCAUUAAGGUAAUAAAUGACUGGUGUUUGUAUGUUGCCUGAUGUCAGUGUAACUUCAAACCAAUUAAACGUACUAGAAAAUGUACCAGAGUGUAAUAUUCCCAUAAUGCAUUAUAUUUUUCUAUAAAUCCAACCCGUAAUUUGAAAAAAAAUGUAAAUGGAGGAGAAAAAAACUUACAAACUUGAAAAUAUUUCACAAGGUAUCGUGUAUGUAUUAUAAUGAUUCUUUAACUGUUGCAGUAUAAAUAUGUGCAUUUUAAAUGAUUUGAAAAUAAAAAAUUUAUUAACAAAUUAAUUGGAAACUUAAAGAAGACAAGAAAAACUAUUUUUCAGUAUUUCUGGGAUAGUAAAGUCUUGUGGUAGAAUUUCCUUUAUCGUUACUGUAUUUUGAUGUUUGCAAUCUUAUGUAGUAAGAUAGAGGGUUCUCUGUAGAUAGAUAUAUUCCCUUACAUGCAUUCCGGCUUAGUGUAUAGCAAUAGAAAAUUGUAUAUAGCAUUUUUAUGUUUGUUUUUAAAUUCAUCGUGUUGUGCUUUUGAUUUUUUUUUACAAAGAUACAUUACAAUUAUACAUUUAUUAUUUAUCAUAUAUUACAGUAUUCAAUAUUUGGCUAAAACUAAUAUAUUUGCAUAUAGACUCUAAAUAAUACAUAAUACAUGGCUAAAUUUUAGACGACUUGUUCAGAAACAGAAAUUUGUGUUAUGUAAUAUUAUCUUGUUUUUUCUCGACUUUCUAUAAUCUUAUGCGUUUUAUUUGGGACUGAAUUAAAUUUCACCUAUAAGGUGCACUCGCUUAUAAGACACUCCCUAGACUUUGGACUGACAAUCUAGAGUUUUGUAAUUACCCAUAUGUGAGAGACCGUGGUACUUUUACAUUGUUGAUAUCAGAAAGAAAAUAUAGAAAUGCAUUUUAUUCUUGAAAAUUUUAUAUUUUGUCAGAAUAUGACCCCUAUAAAUGCUUGAUUUCAAAAAAAUUCUUUUGAUUUUAUUAGUACUCGCGGCCCUCUCCUUGAAUUAGAAAUACUACCCCUAAAAAGCGCCAUGUAGGUGAACGUAAAUGGUAAACAUUCUGGAGAUAUUUUAUGCAAAAUUGCUAAUUAAAACUUUGUAUAUACUGUUGUUAACAUAUUAACUUGGAAAUAAUAUAAUCUGAGUUUCGCUCAAACAAGAAAUUUUAUUUUCUUAGGGUAACUUUCAUGCCAGUUCAACUCUAGGUUUUUUGUAUGCCAUAACAUCUAACAGGCAUUUGUUAUUGAAAUAGAUUAGAUUGUUGAAAAACCUUUGUUUAAAGAAAUUUCACAAUUACAAACCAUUCUUAUUGCUUAUACAUAUAGGCUAGCAAAUAUCAUGGUUCACUGAGGUUGUGUAUUGUUUUACAAAAUGUCUAAAAGGAUCAAACAACUGAUACAGCAUUCAGAAAAUAUCAGUGCUUCACAACAUGCAUAUAUAUCCCCAACACGCUCUAAACAGACUUGACCAACAUUAGUUCAAUUAAUUAAUUAAUUAAUUAAUUAAUUAAAACUGUAGAUGGUUGAAUGUAAAGCAACUUAUAUUGCAACGUACUGUCAAGCAUUUUCUUCUGUCUGAAUAACCAACAGACACACAAGCUAAUAUUUUGUUAAGUUAGUAGUUCAUUAUAGAUUUAUUUGCAGUGUUGAGUUUUGAAGUUCUGAAAAUUAAUUUUUAGUUUGAUAGGAAACCAGUUAGGCAGUCAAUUUAUAUAUGUAUAUUCUAUUAGUUUUGUAUUGCCAAAGUUCUAUUAUCAUUUUUAUUACAAAUAUGUACAAGGUAUUCAUCUGAUAUAAUCAUUGAUUAAUGCUUAACAGCAGGCAAAUAAAAUAAAUCAUGAAAUGUA